CUGGAGCUCCAUCAGGGGGCGCUGUUGAGCUUGGCAGAGGCGCAGCUCUCCCGGGGGAAGCCCGAGCGCGUCUCCGGCCGCCGUUGCGCCUCCCGCGAUGCCCCCGAACUUUUCCGCCGGCCGCCGCCCCGCCUGCCCGCCCCGCCCGCGCUAAGCUCCGGGUGGCUGCCUUCCGCUCCGCCGCCGGGCAGACGAUGGGCAGGCAGGGCCGAGCCGGAGAGCGAGCCGCGGGGGCGGGGGGCGCAGGGCGGGGGCGCCGCUGCUAACCCGCCGCCGUUCAGCCGCCGCCGCCUCGCUCUCCUCCCGCUGCCCGCUGCCCGCCGCCUCCGCCGCCUCCCUCGGCCCGCCUCCCGCGGCGCCCCACCGCGCCCACCGGCCGCCCCGAGCCUGCACCCGCUGGAUGGGCCCGGCGGCCCGGAGGGCGGGAGGCUCCGGCGACGGAUGUCGGCUGCUGCUGCUGCGGCUGCCGGAACGGCGGCGGCUGCCGGGCCUCGCUGAGCGGCGCGUCGGCCGAGCGCUGAAGGCGACGGAGGCAGGGAAAAGCCUCCAGGUCUCUGUGAGCUGACUCUGACCCAGCCUUCCUUGUGAAUGGGAUGGCUUCCAACCCCACCCAACCCCCAGACAUCCCCAGCCGGCUCAAGCUAUGUUGACGGAUUUAAUCGGUGGCCGUCGCUUGUGUGGACGCAGCAAAGAGAAGAAGCGCUGAAGAGCGGCAGUCGGGAGAGCUGGAGAACACCUUGCAGAUAACAAGGCCCAGCCAUGCAGUCCUUUCGCGAAAGGUGUGGUUUCCAUGGCAACCAGCAGAACUACCAGCCGACUUCUUCGCAAGAUUCAUCACGCCUGGAGAAUUACAGGCAUCAAAGCCCAGCCUGCGAACGUCAGAGGCUGGUGACAAAAGAGUAUUACAGCCCCCAGCAGCCACCUCCUCCGCUGCCCCCAUUGCCGUACCAAGCCUUUGGUGAAAACAGCGCCGUGGAGAAGUACCAUCGGGGAAGCAAUAAGCCGUUACGCGGCCAGCAGCUGCCCAGCAGGCCGGCUUCCUUCCCCAAUUACCCCAUCCAAGAGAAUAGCCCCUACCCUUCCCGCUACGCCGGAGAGGACAGCCUGCAGGGGUGGGGGUCCCCGCAGCAGCAGCAGCCUCCACAGCCUUUACCUGGUGGGGUGGCCAAGUAUGAGGAUAACCUGAUGAAAAAGACGGCGACCCCGUCCAGUAGCAGGCAGUACCAUGAACAGACACCCCAGCUGCCCUUCCGAAGUCACUCCUUGCACCUCCAGCAGCAGCCGGGACCCCAGCCCUCUCCCCUGACGUACCCCAAGCUCCCCAGACAGAAGAUGCAAAACGAGGUGUCGUCCUCACUCUCCUUCUCACAGGGGUCUCACUUUCCACAGCAUUCCCAGUCCUUCCCGGCUUCCUCCACGUACACGUCAGUCCAGAGCGGGGCCCAGACAGCUCAUUCCUACAAAAGUUGCAACCCUCCCCCUGCCCCACCCACACACGAAAGGGGUCUGGGCAGUGCCGCUAAUUUGCCCACCGCACAACGGGUCCAGGGUUUACACAGCUACCAGCCCAACCGAAUCAGUUACGAGCAGCAGCCACAACAGCCACCGCCGCCACCGCCUCCUCCACCACCGCCACCUCCACCCUCUUUGCAAGGUAGACACCAUGCUCAGGAGGCGCUGCACUAUCAAAACCUAGCAAAAUACCAACAUUAUAACCAGCCAGGACAGAGUUACUGCCAAGCAGAUGCUCCGGUGAGGACACCGGACCAGUAUUACCAAACGUUUAGCCCUAGCUCGAGUCACUCUCCAGCUCGUUCCGUUGGGAGGUCCCCGUCGUAUAGUUCAACGCCUUCUCCGUUGAUGCCUAACUUAGAGAACUUCCAAUACAGCCAGCAGUCGCUGACCACUGGGACAUUCCCAGCCAGCCUGGCUGACCAUAGCCACUUCAUGCCUUUGCUGAACCCGUCGCCAACCGACGGGGCAAGCUCCGACACCCAGCCACCUGCCAACUGCAAGAACCUGUCGAAGGAGAAGAUCUCCGAGAACCUGUUAUCGGAUCUGAGCCUCCAAAGCCUCACGGCCCUUACCUCUCAAGUGGAAAACAUCUCCAACACUGUCCAGCAGCUUCUCCUUUCCAAGUCCACGGGGAUGCCUCAGAAGAAGGGGAUCAAAAGUUCACCGAGGACCCCAGAGCAGCUCAAGGGACAGCACUGCAGCCCUGAGGGCAACAGUUAUUCUGCAGAGCAAGGGGGGACUCCACACUCGGACCCCCUCAGCACCCCCCAGUCGGUCCAUGCUGAAACCCAAGACACCGAUUACCUGAGUGGCUCUGAAGACCAGCUGGAGAGGGGCUUCUUGUACUGUAGUCAAAGCCGUAGCCCAGCUCGGGUCAACAGCAAUUCCAAACCCAAGCCCGAAUCUGUGUCCACCUGCUCAGUGACAUCUCCGGAUGACAUGUCAACCAAAUCCGACGAUUCCUUCCAAAGCAUCCACACCAGCCUGCCACUGGAGAGCUUUACAAAGUUUGUGGCUGGUGAAAGAGACUGCCCCCGGUUGCUCCUCAGUGCCCUUUCUCAAGAGGAGCUGGCCUCUGAAAUUAUUGGUCUGCAGGAUGCUAUCAAUGAGAAAGCAGACAAAGGCUGGGCCAAUUCUCCUGCUCCAAACAAAGACCCAGACAAAUCUCCAUUCCACUUGGAGAACCACAGGACUUGCCUUGAUUCUGUGGUCAAAAGCCCCUGGUCCAACCAGGGGGAUUCCAACGCUCUCGCGGAACCCUUAAAGAUAGACAAAGGACUGGGACGUAAUAAUGGAAAGAAUUUCACUGAAGAGGUUUAUGACACCUCCCAGGUUUCCUUCACAACAACCGAGACGAAGAAUUCCCUAAAAACCACCAGCUCUGUGGGCUACAAUGCCAAGCCAAACAUCUCGGUGGCCACCUCCAGUUCUGAGGCCCCUGGAAGUUUCAGCUGCUAUUCUAAUGCCACUUCCAAUUCAGUGGGUUCUGAAAAUGCCAUGGAGAACUUUGAGUGGCCAGAUGAGAACCUCAGCGACACCUGGAAAGAGCUUGGGUCAAGCCUCCAAUCUUCAGAUCUUUCCAAGAGUUUGUUCUCUGGCAAACUGAGUGAGACUUCUGAGGAGAAAAAAAAUGCCUCCUGCUUGAGUCUCUGUGAUCCUGAAGGGUCAAAUGAAGGUGAGGGAAUCACAGGCUUCAAUCAACAGCAGCAGGACAGCAAAGGGGAGGGCUUAAAUUAUGAUGAGGCCACAAGGACAGAGAGUGAACAAUGGCUGGAGGACACUGCCAGGAACUCCUGUUCAGGAGAAGACUUCAGUGAACUCCCCAUGAUGUCUUCUCCAGAUCUGAAGGAAUCUGAUUUGGAACCCGAAGAGUAUUCUUCCUUGUGUGAAUUAGCUGGCUCUGAGCAAAAGACUUUGACUUACGAUGCCUUCACCCCUAAGCCUGCAGAGAACGCUCCAGUUCUUUCUCUCCAAGAUACUCCAGGAUCAGCAGAAGAAGCCACCAACACUAUUGAGAAAGAGAACACCGCUCCUCCUUCUCAUUUGUCUGAUCCAUCCGUUCUCCUUUUAGGACCAGCAGUUGGUACAGACACGAAAGUGAAAAGCUGGUUUGAAACUUCUCUGCAUCACUUGAAGUCCAAGGAAGAGUCAGCAGCUGGUGAAAAUGUCCCUCAAGACAAGACUGAGACGUCAACUACCUUGCUGUUGAAGAAGCAAGUCCUACCAGAUAAGUUGACCAUAACCUCAGAACCCACCUCCAGAGGUAAAAGUCUUCGGAGUAAAAAACUGCAGUGUAGGCUGUCGGGUGGAGAAGAACCUAUUCAGUCCAUGUCAAAUCCAUGUUCAGGCAUUCAAGCAGCUGGCCUAGUGGCCAAUACCUGCCCAGCUCCCAACAACUUGAUUGAAAUGCCCAGUAAGAACUCCCAUGGCCAGACUCCCAGGUUCCCCACGGAGGGCUUGCCGGCCAGAAUGUGCACCCGUUCCUUUACUGCAAUGACCGAGCCACGAAUGCCAGACCCUCUGGAAGGUGCCAAAGCUUCAAUUCCUCACGAGAAGUUAGCGGGCAAGAAGUCCAUGUGUGUUUUGAAAGAGAGAGUGGCCUUCAAAGCCAGGAAGGCCAAUGGGAAGACGUCACCAAAGCCCUGCAAUCCGUCUCCUCCCCUGAUCUCCAACUUGACCCAGAAUGAAGACUCUGCUGUUCCCAAGGCCAAAGAAGCUGACACGGUAGAAACCGAGAUGAAAGAUCAGCAAUCCAUGAUUCUCCGUUCCAGGACCCGGACUCAGGAAGUCUUCUACACCAAGCGAAGGAGAGAGAAAAACAUGGGGGAAGUGGACUUCAAAAAUGCCAAACUGCCCAGGAAGGUGUUCCCCAACAACCUCCUGCCGGGGUCCUUCAAGAUCAGCUCUGAGAAGGAGAGCAAGCUGGGCAAACAAAUGAAAGCCAGGCCAGAAAUGGCCGGCAAGAUAUCCGAGAGGCCACUCCAUGCCCUGAAAAGAAAGUCUGUUUUCCUGCCCCCAAUUCCUGCUAAGAAACGGAACCUGAUCCUACGAAGCAACAAUCACAGCAGCAGCAGCAGUGGGAAGGAAGAGAAGCCAGACGCAUCUUCUGGCCUUUUUAAGAGGAUGCCGUCCUCCAGGCGAACCAAUGUGAAACCGUCUCCCAAGAACGCCUGUGAAGUGAUGCUCAAGUCCCCCCAGGCAAAAGAAAACCCGGGGGUCUGCAUCAAAAUCACCUCGCGGGCUUCCUUCCAGGGCGCUAUGAAGACCAAAGUGCUGCCCCCGAGGAAAGGAAGGGGCUUGAAGCUGGAGGCGAUUGUGCAGAAGAUCACCUCGCCCAACCUGAAAAAGUUUGCCUGCAGAACGGUGGCCACCGCCAUCCCCGCCACGGUUCCCGCGGCCACUGUUGCUGCCGCCGCCCACAGUAAUCCUCUCAGCCCUUCCCUUCCAGAGCGGGAACAGGCCUCAAAGAAUACAAGCGGAACCCCAGCCGUGGGGGAAGCUCGGCCAUUAAACCAGGCUUUGUCACAAAAGGCUCCCGCCGCCGCAGCAGCCGAGCAAUUAUGCAGAAACCCGAACAACAGAUCCUUCAGAGGAAAACUAAUGAACAGUAAGAAACUGUCCUCCAACUGCUUCAAGGGUGAGGCCUAUUCAUCUCCCGAGACGUUGCAGCUCAGCGGCAACAGCAUGGCUUCAAGCACCGUCUGCCUGCUGCCCAAGAAGAGGAACCGAAAGGGGAAAGCUGCCUCCUUCCACGUGGCCAAAAAUAGCCUGGAGAAGUGCCCUCACCUGAGCCCGGCUUUGUUCCUUGCUGCCCAAGAGAAACCCGGGGUGGUGGCCGUGGCUACGGCAGCUGGGAAAGGCGACGAGGGACAAAGGGAAGGGAAAAAGCCCAGAGGAGAAGACAAAGGCUUGGGUAACACCGAGAGUGUGGAAGGGAGGUCCCACCAGGCCCAGACCCGGGCUCAGAAGCAGCGAGCCCACCACGCCAACUACAACGGCUACACCAAGAGACAAAGGAAGCAUCACAAGCGCCGGAAGGUCCAAAGCGUCCCCUCACGCUGCAAAAACAAGACCCGGCGACGGCACCAGCAGCAGGCGCCUCUGCUGAGCCCCACGGAGCCCGAGAUCCGGCUCAAGUACGUCUCCUGUAAGCGGCUGAGGGCAGACAGCCGGGCACCACCCUUCUCACCGUACAUCCGUAUGGAGAAGUGGGAUGAAUUCCUCACCACCUGCACAGUCAUCAACUGCCCAGCCGAAGAGGCGAAACUCCACAAUGAGCAGCAGCAUCACACUUCUUCGUUUUCUUCUUUGUCUGCCCAAGCUGGGCUUUUGGGGACCACUUGCCUGCGGCCUCCAGCCAUCCUACCUCUGUCGUCCAUGAUGCACCUCGGGCCGGUGGUCUCCAAGGCCCUCAAUACUGCCUGCUUGGUCUGCUGCUUGUGCCGCCAACCGGCCAAUUACAAAGACCAGGGGGACCUCUGCGGGCCGUACUACCCCGAGGACUGCCUGCCGAAAAAGAAAUCGAGACUGAAAGAGAAGGUCAAAGUGGAAGCCCUGGGGGAAGGACCUCCUCCCUCAUCCUCGUUGGCAGAAAGGCUGCUCAAAGCAACAGAUAAUAAUUGCGCAACUGGUACGCUGGGUGGAAAGACGCCAAGGUUGGACAGUGGUGCUGACUCAGCAAGACAAAGCGCUCUCCGUUCGAGUUCAAGGGGGCUGUUUAGGAAGCUGCAAAGCUGUUACUGUUGCGAUGAGAGGACAGAGGGAGAGGAGGCUACGGCAGGGGUGUCGGUAGCAGCGGUUGAGAAGCUUCGGAGGCACGAAUGCGGCAAGGCUGAAUCACCCCUGCCGGACCCUGCUGGAGAGACGCAGGAGCACUGGGUUCACGAAGCCUGUGCUGUAUGGACAGCUGGGGUGUACCUGGUGGCAGGGAAACUCUAUGGACUGCAGGAGGCAAUAAAGAUGGCCGCGGAUGUGAGGUGUUCUGGCUGUCAGCGAGUCGGGGCGACCAUUGGCUGCUGUCACAAGGGGUGCACCCAAAUAUUUCACUACACAUGUGCCAUCGACGCAGGUUGUUUGUUAGCUGAAGAUACCUUCUUGCUCAGCUGCCCUAAACACAAGACGCAGCUGCUAUAAUGGACCCACCGAGAAGGGAAGCGCCUGCUGCUUCUGCUGGAGUCCCGACCCAGUGAGGAGGGGGCUCUGCUUCGGCAGUAGCUGCAACCAAGAGGAACUCUGGACGGAAGGGACCAAGGAGGAGCCCAGCAGCCCCCCCUCCCGGGCCCUGUCCUCCCACCCCGGUCCCUCCCCUUUGCAAUAGUACUUCUACUGUGAAUGGACCUGGUCUUGCCAGCCUCGCCUCCCUCUUUGCUCAGGCCUUGGCAACUUCCUUGCAAGCUGACCCCAAAGGGCACAAGACCCCCAACUACCCUGAUGUCCAGCUCCUGGGGACCUUCCUCUUCCACCCGUCAGGAAGCAGACCGGGGCGGUGCAGCGUCCCCCUUCUUCCCCUCUGGACUUCUUCCAUUCCAGAUUGGUGCGGGAACCACCACGAAAAUCCCAUCCCCCCCACCCACCCCAUGCCCGGUUACUCCAUUCCUCUUUGGAAGGGUUUCCUGAACCGGUUCAGGAGAGAAGACAAACUCCAGUUUGGGUUUUGUAGUCCUCCUCCUCUUCCUUACCCUUCUUAACCCGGGAGCUGUACCCAAGACUGAUCCAGCUGGCAUCUACCUGGGCUUGGCCACUGACCCAACCUGUCCACUCCCAGCUCUUCUGGAAGAGAGUCUUGAGGACCUUGGAAGGGACAUCGGAUGGCCGGAGGUGACCUCGUGGUGGUCGACAUGUCCCAAGAACAUUUGCUUGGGUCUCUUUCUCUCCAGCAAAGAGAACAGACUCUGGUCCCGGAUGGGUUGUCGCCAGGAGAAAAGCGUUCAGAAGUCCUUGGCUCCCUUCUCUUUCUCUUGGCUCAAAAUGCUGGACUGCAGGAGGUCUCCAGGUCCACCUUCUCUGUUUUCUGAUCUGAUCAACUUUUUGCCUUCAGCAAACCUCAUGGUGUGUGUGCGUGCGUGUGCGUGUGUGCGUGUGUAUGUGUGUUUUCUGUAUAUAGAUGUGAUCCGCGUGUACAAAGCACCCCGAAACCUUUUGGGGGCAGCAAACAAGGUUGCAUCGCUGGAGUUUGUUUGCGCAUUUUUGUUUUCCUUUUGUCCUUAUUCCCUCCAACUCCUAGCCUAGCCCUGACAUGUCAUUCGCCUUCUUUCUUCUCAUCCCUCCAUGUUUGGCUCACAACCCACCCUGUGCCCCACAUUCAAACCAGGAAAGCCAGGGACCCUUUAGACCAGCGUUUCUCAAGCUUGGGAACUUCAAGACAGGUGGACUUCCAGAAUUCUGGAAGUUAAAGUCUACCUGCCUUGAAGUUCCCAACGUUGAGAAACACUGAGGAAUUCUGGGAAUUGAAGUCAUAUGUCAUGAAGUUCCCAUGGUUGAGAAACACUGGGGAAUUCUGGGAGUUGAAGUCCACCUGUCUUGAAGUUCUCUAAUUUGAGAAAUGCUGGGGAAUUCUGGGAACUGAAGUCCUUGUGUUGAGAAGUUCCCAAGGUUGAGAAAUGCUGCCCUUGUGUUGAGAAGAGACAAACAGCAGAAAGCUCUUUACUGGAACCUGGCCGAGAGUAACAAUCUGUGAUUUCAUCCCCCAUUUUGACUCUGGGGGAGCAGUGAAACCAAGUGCCUGCUUCCCAUUUGGCUGGAUGGCGUCUGACGUUUCAAGGAAAAGAAAAUGGGUUCUUUGAGAUUAGCAGAAUUUAUUAAGGUGCUGUGCUUCUCCAUCCAUCUUGAUGGCCACUGAAGCCAGCUGACUUCUUGUGCAUUACAAGUAGUUCUUGACUUACAACCGGUUGUGUAGUGACCCUUCAAAGUUACAAUGGAUGUCCUCAGAGCUGCUUACGACUUGAUUUUGAAGUUCUGACGUCCAUCCCUUUCCCAGUUACUUGAUUAUAUUUGGACCACUUGUUGCCGGCCUGCAUUUAUAGCUGUUUAUAGCCCCAUAGUCACGUGACCACAAUUUAUGAUAUUUCUUGUUGGGAAAAGGCAUUUACUUCCAGUUUCAGGCAAGAAAACCCACCCAAUGGGAAUAAUGGGCUUAUUUAUCCAUUGUGAUGUUUGUUUAAUCCUGGCUUCCUGACUUCUGACAUGCCUAGGGCUAUCAGGGACCUUAGUAGGCAACGGAUGUUCUUGUCCUCGGCCAUCUGCUCCCCUCACUGCCUUCAUGAGUUGUAGGAUCCCAACAAAGCUUUACUACAAUGGAUCUCUCCUAAUAUGAUAUGACUGCAACUCCCAGAAUCCCUAAAUAGGCUGAGCAAACCACCCGAGACUUCUCUUCCUGGGUUUGGUUGAAGUUGUAGUGGCACAAAAGAUGAAGCUCUCUUGACCCACACUCAUCAGCUUCUACCUUGCCUCCUGUCACAGAGCGGAGGUCAAGCCACAUUUUGUAGCUUACUGUGAAGUGUGAACCUGAAUGGAAUGCCGUUCAGAGGAGUGGAAACCAGGAUAAAAACUCCAGCUUCAGUUUCGGGGGCUCUCUCUUUGGGGUUCCAACAACAUCAGAAGCCAUAAUGCACCCAUGUCCAUUGUUGGCACUUGUGCAGUUUGAAGCAAAUUUUUUAGCUGGGGGCAUUACGCAAAUCCCAGCCAAAAUCCCAAGCAAACGGAAGCAUAGCUUCCGUAGAGAGUAUUGUCCCACCUUGCUAGGAGCUGGGUAGGACAGAGCCUGUCCUUGGGGCUGACCCCAGGCAUUGAAGGCCAACCAAAGCAGGAGGGGAACUUCCAUAGGACAACAUGCAACAUGCAGUUGAUGCACUUCUGGGCUUCACAGAGCUCCUUGCCCCCAUGCAAUAAUGCCCUUGGUUACAAUGAGCCUUGGAGGAAGCAUCCGGAACCCUCCAGGGUUCACCAUCCAAGACCAUCAAGAGCCCCUCAAAGGUAGAGAACCUUAUCUUGAAGAGCUCCUGAAAUGAGUUCGACUGGAAGAUUUUUAUUGGUUUUAUUGGUUUAUCAUUUGAAAGGCAUCCAUAGGUGAGGUGAGCAGUGUAGACAUUGGAUGGAUAAAUCGACCGCGGGCAGCCCCAAACAGUAUAUUGGGUAGGGUGGAAAGGGACUUACUCCUGGGUGGCUUCUAGAAGACUUUGAAGGAGAAGGUCUAGAUCAGACUCACUCUGAUGGUUAACCUGGGAAGGUAGCAAUCAAAGGACACCCGAGUUGCAUACCCUGUAUAUAUCUUCCCCAGCUCCCAGGAGAGCGUUGUACAAUCCACUAAGAGGGGGAGCCCCUCACUGCCACCCCCACCUCCACAGCAUUAAAUCGGAUGGGGCCAUCUUCCCUCCCUCCCUCCCUCCCUCAUCCGCUUGGUUUUCUGUUGUCGCUGUGAAAGAGCAUCAAUUCGCACUGCCCUCCCUCUGCUUGUAAACCUUUCUGUACACGGUACUCUGUGCGCGUCGCCCGCUGUCAUUUCCGCUACGCUGUCCUCGCGGCAUGCCCCUCAAGGGUUGCUGGCAGAGGAAUGCCCGUUUCAGAAGCACACCUUCAGACGGCAGGCGGAAGACAUACCCGCCCCCCCCCCCGUCCUCAUCCCCACAAUUCCGGCUCUUUGAAUGGAAUCUUGUACAUAAUGACUGUAAAAUGGCAAACAUGUGUGUAUUAUAUAUAUUGCCUCAUUCUAUAGUGUAUAUAUAUGUAUACAUAUACAUAUAUAUAAUAUAUAUGAAAGAUGUAAAUGUUAAAACUAGUGUUCUUAUUUAGUAUAUUGCUUCACACUGAAGAUUGUGUGUAACAAGCUGUUUCUAAAAGAAGUUUAUUUUCCUUAAGAGUUAAAAAAAAAAAGAAAAAAAAUCAGGUCAUUGCAUUCAGAACACCAAUAAAGAUUCAGCAAUUGUUUUGGA